GUAGCGCAUUUGUGUUCGAGUGAACUCGGCGAGCUGUACGCACACGGAACCACAUCAGUCGUUCGCGGACUGCUCGAACUCCACGAGGUAAUACAAAUGGUGUUUCAAGUAAAUUAAGUUUUCAACCUCGCACUUCACAGUUCACACUAUAUAUGCGGUGUAUUGUGUUUACCAUCAAGUAACAUAUUAUUCUUAAAUUACUGGAAACUCUGUUACAAUUCAAUAUUGAUCAAUGUCAGUGCAGUUUUCAGAUAGACUAUUGUUCAACUACGAAUUGCAUGAUUUUGUUUACAUCAACAACAGAAAUAUAACGUCCCACAUUUUUUUUUUUUAUCACGUGCGAUUGAGUGUUAAAGACGUCACAGUGAAUUUAUAACAACUACCUGUUGUCAUAAUGUCGUCUAGUCAAAGUGAUACUGAAUUUCCAGCUGGCAUAGAUCAUCAGAACAAAAAGUUCACCACCAUAAUUAUUUAUCCAACGGUGACGCCAGAAAAAAUAAUCAUACCAAUGGUUUCGUGCAUUUUGGGUUUUCCGUUGUUGGCGCUAAUGGUGAUAUGCUGUUUAAGACGUAGGGCCAAAUUAGCAAGAGACCGAGAUCGUCGAAGAAAUUUGGGAUUUGCUCGUGCGUGCACCAGCGACCAAGGAGUGAUAUCUUUAGCAAGGUUUAGUCCAAUGCAUAAAAUCGGCGUAUACCUGGCUGCGGGAGCGAACGCCAGUGGCGGUGCGAUGCCGUCUCCGCUGUCGUCCGGCGGUCGGAAUCACCCGCUGCGCAGCGAGAGCCGGUCGUACGCGUCCUGCGACCUUGAUCCCGUCAUGGAGGAGCGGAGCGAGAUGGACAACAGCUGUGGCAGCGUCGUCGGCAGUGGACCGGUGGCCGUGGCCGAGGUGGUGGCCGACGACGGCGGCGUGGUCAGCGGCGGAGCAGUCGAGGCGCUCGUGUGUCCGGACAGCUAGCAACACGUGCUGGCCAUCGCCCGGAUAUCGGUGGCCGUACAGACGGACAAGCCGCCGCCCAGACCGGUCAGGUCGCCACUGUGGAACACGCUCACCAACAACCCGCCGGACGAGGCGGUCAGCUGACAUACGGCCCGGCCCGAUCAGCUCAAGGCCAUUGCGAUCAUAGAGCCUUGAAGGGCUCGCCGACUUGCCGACUCACCCUCACACCGCACUCGUCUAUAUACUCGCCGAUACGUGAAACCGUUUCCACGCGGCGGUUUUUGUACAGACUUUAUUUUUCGUCGUCUUGUCAUCAUAUCAUAUAGUAAUAUAUUAUGUAUCAUAUUAUUAUCAUACGACACGAUAUAAAUAUAACUUCAAACGAUGAUAAUGCCAAAUAUGUUAAUGACGUGCUAUAUACAAUAAUAUAGUGUUAUAAUAUUAUACUCGUGUCGUGUAUACGGUUUAUUGUGAGAAACCGUUCAUGUAUAUUAUGUGGAAUUAAGUUUGUAGGAUGUCCGGAAAUAUGUAUAGAACUAUUCGAACGUGUUAUGUUUUACGAUUUACCGAGGCGAGUUUGUAUUUAUUAUUUUCUUUUAGCUCGUGUGGUUAUUAUACUAAUCAAAUACUAAACGACAUUAAAUUAAAUACAGUUUUCACGAGCAUUUUAACGAUAUUCGAAUAAAUAAUCGUGCCAAGUAUAAAUAAUUAAAAUAAUAAUAAUAAUAAAAUGUCUCGACUUGAUGAAAUUCCCGACAUUAUUAGAGUGUGUGGUAAAUAUACAACAAUAGCACUCUCCUCGAAAUCACACUCCGUCUCCCUUCUACCUGUAUUUCUUUCAAAUGGAAAUCGUCUACGCGCGGAAAAUUUCAGUUUCUGUCUGACGGGCACAAAGUUUAGCAAAUAAACUUUUCAAACAAACAACCUAGGCCACGCCCACGCAUACGCAUAUAUAUUCAUACACUUAUGCGUGUAUGUAUACCUAUCGGAGCCGUACCCAACUCUAUUUCUACCCUCAGCCGCGUCUGUGCUUUACACGUCGUCAUCGCCGUCCAGUGCCAUUAUAAUAGUACUAUUCAUAUAUACAUACACGUACACACACGCAUACAUAUUAUAUACAUAUAAUUGCUUUUCAAACUUUUAUCGACCGGGUACCGGAAAUCAUGUUUGUUUGGAUGACGGUAACGAAUCGGAUAAAUCUUAAAAUAAACUUCAAAAACUACGUUAAACCAUCAUCAUCCGUUCGGACGAACGAAUAAACUUAUUGUUUCCUCUUUCGUGAUAAAUUGUCACGGUGUAGCAUUCGUGACUCGACAUUAUAUAGGUAUAUUUAUAUAAUUUUGUUUUUAUUAGGUAUAUAUUGCAUAUAGCGUUUCGAGAUUUACUUUUCUCUGUGACUUAUAGGUCACUACUAUUAUAGGUAAGUUAAAUAACUUUAAUCCUAACCAAUACUGUACUAACUAUAUUCCUUAUUUACUGAAUACCUACACAUUAUUAUAUCUUUUAUAUAUUAUUUUAAACAUUCAUAAUAUGGGUCCAUUACUUUUUUCAAUGUUAAAUACAAUAAUUUGAAAAGUUACUAAAUAAUAAUAAUAAUAUUAUUAUUCACUAAGGCACUGUGAUGUAAUUUGACUUCGACAGACGUUUAACUACAAAUGUUAUCAAGAGUUUCGACGUCAAAUAACGUAACGUGACAUUAAUAGAAAUUAUUAUUUCUGAUCGUCAUAAUUUAUAAUGUCGAUGUUGUUAUAUUAAUUUUAUGUCUUCGCGUCAAAGCCGAUUUAUUUUGACGACCUCCGAGCCGUACCAUAGAAACGCAUACGUACAAUUUCUUUGUCGAAGAAUCGUACGCCAUGCAUCCGACAAAACCUCUUAGAACAUGUGCUACUCAAAAAGUUGUUUUUGUCUACCAAAUAAAUUUAAUAAUAUCCUCCAAGUCUAUAUUAUAAGAGCCUGAAAUCCCGCAAUGUAUUAACAAACAUUUAUACAUCUAGUCUCUGGGUAACAGUAAUAAAUACUAAUUUGUUGAACUGACACAUUAUCUUACUCUACAAUUGUAUCUAAAUACAAAUGCCAUAAAUUUCUAUCGAUUAAAUACAAUAUAUAAAAUACAUUUGAUUAUAAUGAAUACAAAAUGCAAGAUACAUUUUAAAAAAUAAACAAAUCUUAUAAAAUAAUUUAAUUAAUUAUAUAUUUUUAAUAAUUCGAUUUAGUAACAUAAUAAAAAUACAUACAAUUAAAAUGUUAAGUCUUAUGAUAGUAUAAUUAGCAUGUUACUGUAAUAUUGUCAAGAAAAAUAUAAUUUGUUUUGGCCAAUAAUAUUAUACAUCAUGCGUUGUAGAGUAACACUAAUAUGCAUUUUUUAACGUUUUUAUCUAAAAAAAAAAACGCAACACAGUUGGGCACUAAUGUUGGAAUAUUAUUUAAUAGCUUAAAAAAUAAUUUAAAAUUUAAAAUUUGUCUUAUCGCCAACAUUAUAACUCAGAUGACUGUACUUUUUAAAAGUAACAAAUAUAACUUUUUUAUAUAGUUAUUUACUUACGUUUUGUACAGUUAUCUGUUAGAUAAUAUUAAAAAGUGCUCACUACACAUAAAAACGGCACAAUUAUAUUUUCAAAAAUAAAUUUUUUUCAUUCAAAAUAAUAAAAAUAUACAACACUAUAUACCUUGUAGUUUUCAGUAGUACAAGUCACUGUGAGACCAUAUUUUUAUACUUUGAACAUUGUAAAUUAGUAAAUUAAUUUAUUGAGCAAUCAAACAGUUUUAAUAUUAAUGUACAAUCGUAGUAUUGCGUUUUUUAUAAACUGUAAAAAGUUAGAAAGUGCCCAAUCGUGUUUCUCUGACUUAAUUAUAAAUACAAUAUAUCUUGAAUUCAAAAGUUUCAAUAUCGACAUAAUUUCUAACUACAUCCGCCGAUAAAUACAAUUCAUUUUCUACUUACAAUUUUCUAGACAAGGGAGGUCGCAAACACGUAACGGAAAAAGUAAUAUACAAUUAUAUUGUAUUAUAUAGAUAUAUCCACUCUGAAAAACUUUUAAUGGUUUCGACGGAAUGAUAUAAAAGUGUAUAGUGCAUUGCGCGGUGGUGGCGUUAUACAACGUGGUAACUUAAUCCGGCUUUGCGACGGUUUACUCGGGAGACGUGUAGGAACAAAUUUAUAUAUACGUUUGGUAAAUAAAUUAGGGUAGAAUCGAAAAAUAACUGCUACUAUGGUAGUUAGGAUAGGCAUUAUAAUAAUAUUUUUAUCAUUAUUAUUAUUAGUCUUACCCAGGACAAUUCGUUAUUGCAGAGCAGCCGAAAGAGGAAAUUCUCCGUCAUCGUAACCGUGGAAACGACAAGUUCGUUAUUAUUCCAUUAAGAAUAAUAUAGGACUAUAUAUGGAAAUAGAUUUAUAAUAAUACAAACACUAACGUGUCUGUUUAUAUUUGUGCUAGUAGUUCGUUAGCGAGUUGUUCAAGUAUGUGUGUAAAUAAAAUUAAAAUAAUAAUAUUCGAGUUUGGCUUUCGGUAGAACAACAUUAUUACUCUCCAUUAAUACGUAAUCAAAUACAUGAUUGACAAUCGUUGGCCGUAGUGUUUGUUGGCAUAUAUUUUACAAUGUGUAUCGAUAUAAUAUAAUACUAGAAUCUAGUUAAUAUUUAUAAGGUUUUCAUUAGUUGAUUUGAUGUUUAAUUUUUGUGUUUCAAUAAAAAGUACCCCUAAAAAUUUAGGUAUCGUACACUGCAUUAAAAAAUAAACUUUUUUUUUUAUUUAAUUAUAUAUUUUUAACAUACAUUUCCCCUUCCCCCGACUAUUCCAAUUUUUUUUUUUUUGUUAAUUUGUCACAUCAUAUAUACUUAACUCAUAUAAAAUACUUAAAUAAGAACAUAAUAUAAAUAUAUAAUGUUGUAUAGUGUAUACAUAUUAACAUAUUAUUAUAAUUUAAAAACAAUAGUUGUAUAACAUAAAACUAUUUAUUUUUUAUUUAAAAAUUAUUAUUAUCUAACAAAAUCAUAUCCUAUGACUUAUAUACCUAGUACAAAUAUGGUGAAAUAAAAAUCGCGCUGUUUUAUCUAAACGAUUUUUCCUGAUUUAUAAUCUCAUAAAAUAGCGUAUGUUUAUAUUUUAAUGUUUUUGAAAAAAGUUUUUAUUAUUUUUAGUUAUUUUUCAGGAUUCAAAAACUUAUCAAACUAAGAAAUUAAAAAAUUAAAAAAAUAGAAAAAUUAACCGUUAUAUCGAUAAUUAUUAGGUUUGGUUAGUUUCGUCGUAAACAUUAAAUUUUAACGGAAAAAAAAUAUUAAAAUUAUAGUAAGAUAAAAAAUUAUAGAAAUACUAAAAAGACAUACCAUUAUUCACUAUAGUAUGAGUAUUAUUAUAGUUUUGCUAUGAUAAAUGGGGCCAAAAUCGUAAUAAUCAUUUUCAUUAAAAGUAUUAAAAACAAGCUAAAUAUUUCUAUAUCUAUAAUUUAAUUAACAAUUUGAUUUUAUUGCGUGCCUACUAAUAUUCAGGUUUAGGAAUCACAAUAUGUGUUUUUUUCGAUGACACAAACCUGUGUACCAAUGCAAUGACCAAGCUACUGUUUUUUACGACUUCAAACCAGUAAUUUAAAAAUCGGUUUAGACGGUUAUACAUGGUCGUACAAUAAAUGUAAAAUGAACUAAUCGUAACAAAUGAUAUAUUCCUAAAUAAUGUAAAUACUUCGAUAUAAUAUUAAAUAUAACCACUUUUGUACCAUUUACCUUGUAUCAACCAACCACAGUACAAUCACUAUACUAUUAUAGUAAGUAUUAUGGGUGUUCACUCAAUAUAAAUUAAAUUUGUAUGUAGAAUAAAAUAUUAACUUUUAGGUUAAUUAAGUGUUUAAUUUUGAUUGAUAUUAUGAUUUUUUUUCUAAGAAUAAUAUAUUGUUUUAGCUAUAAGUCUUGUAUGUAUAAUGAUUUAAUAAACAUAUUGAAAUAUAAACGAUA